AAACAAUUCGGCAGCCAGCUUGUCUGCAGCAGUUUAGGGUUUCUGUGCACCACCCGCUGCAUGCGGGGGCCCCUGGAGGGGCCCCCGCGCCGGGGGGGGCCCCCGGGGGGCCUCUCGGGGCCCCGGGGGGGCCCCCCGAGAGGGGCCUCGAGGAGGCCAGCAGCAGGGGCAGGGGCAGCAGCAGGGGGCCGGAUGCUGCUGCUGCUGCUGCUGCUGAGGCGAAGGGCGCGCCCGACGGCGCUGCGUCGCUGCAGCAGCAGCUGGAGGCGCAGGAUGAAGAGCUGCGGGAACUGGUGCAGCAGCUUUCUGCUGCUCUCAGCAACCCCACACUGCAGCAGCUGCUGCAGCAAAGUGAUUUGGGCCCCGACGAGUUAGCUGCUGUCGAUUCCUUCUUCGACGAACUUAGCAGCAAAUGUGCAUACUUCCCAGACUUCGGCUCCAGAACAGACGGCGACUGCCAACUCCUCAUGAUCCCGCAGUGGCUCUAUUUGUACGCCGUCAAGGCCAGUCUCACCCACCCAGUCUUCGUCUCUGCUGCUCACAAGAGACUCACGGCCUAG